CACGAGUCCCGCUUAUAAAUAGUGUUACUUGAGGGUUAUAAAUAUAUCCUCAAAGAGUCAAGACCCUCACCGAGGAAGUUAAUUCUCUUGCAUUUUUCUCUCUAUAAAGUAAAAAGAACGUUAAUAUUUUCUAUCACUAAACUAAUUUAUCCAUCCGGGCGCGCCGUUAGGAAUUGUUUGUCACAACUCACAAGUCACAACCUUUAGGGGAGGGGCCAAAGGGAAAAAAAUAGUUUGGGAAAUUGAUGUGAGUUUCCAGCUUCCCGCCCGGUAGAAACUAAAACGUAGUAAAAGGUAAAAUACGAUUGUCGUGUCGUCGACUGUGGUGACUUCUGGUCGAUUGCCAAGGCCCCAGGCGGACGUGUUCGACUACUUGUCUCUUCCAAUUUGUAAGAAUGAAUUCCCCCAUCUCUUCAUAACUUUUCUGGCAUAACAUUCUUGUCCUUUUAAUGUUUUAAAAUCUCCGGGAAACCUUUAAAAUGAGAUGAUGGUUUCUGGGAAUGUUUGAGAAACUUAUUGCUCGCGAGGUGUUCGACUAUAUGGUUCAACGAACUUGGAGACAAACAAACCGUAGCUGCUCAACAUUUUCUUUUUUAAUCUUAGAAAAUAUUUAGAAUGAGACUAAUGGGGAGUAUUUGAUUACUAAGGAUGUCAAGUUAAAGUCCCCUCCCUUCAUGCCCUAGUGAUGUGCAUGGAUUUUUUCUAGCUUGUAAAGAUAAUGUCAGAAAUGAAUUCGGACUCUACUUGUACAAUGAAACUGGUAUUUUUUUUUCCUCCUUUCGUUCCUCUGGUGAUUUGUUUCAUUUGAAUCUGUUUUCCUUACACGUUUUCUUCGUUUUAGCGUGGAAAGGAGCUGUCUUUGCCUGGUGCCUGGAUUCAGCCGUGAUGGAUUUGAGAUUGAGGUCGACUUUUCAAGGUUUUGCUUUUCUUUUACCCUACAGAAUGGUUAUUCUUUUGAUAUAUGAUUAUUUGUCUGAUUGAUGAUACGAUUUGUUUCUCCUUACUGUAGGCUUCACUUCCCCUGGUAUUGGCAUAGUUCACCAUAAGCUGCCAUCCUGUGUUCAUUUUCCGAAUGGUAGCAGGUUUGAGAAGUUCCCUAGCACUCUUGUAAUGCCCAGAAAGAUACUGAAUGAGGGAAUACAAUGCUUUCUUUUAAGAAAGUAUUCCUUACCUGUUGGUAGAAAUUAUCAUUUGCAGACAAGUGAUGAUGCAGAUGCUGAUCAGGAGCCCUUUUGGUCCUUUUUGUUGAAGAAAUCUUUUCGGUUACUGAAGUCUUUAAUUGUGUUUUUAAUCGAGCAACCGAGUCAGCUCAAAUACAUAGAGUGGCCAAGCUUCCAGAGCACACUUAAAACCGCGACCCUCACUCUUCUGCUUGUGGGGCUGCUUAUCAUUGCUUUAUCUUCUGUCGAUUCUGCUCUUUGUUACAUACUUGCCCUGCUCUCAAGAAGGCGUGUUUGAUCCAAAUCUAUUGCAAGGACAAGGUUAAUAUAAAUAGUUUGUUAGUUGCUAAGGUUAUAGUAUAAAUAGUUAGUUGCUAAGGUUAGGUUCCAUAUUUUGUUUUUGGCCCGAUUUUGUAAUGCUUCUUUUAUAUAAUUAUUUUUGUUAUCAAUAUAUUUUUCAGUCCGAAAUCUUAAAAGAAAAACAACAGAAACAAGAAAACAGAAUUAACAACAUACAUUUGUGUUGAUUACCCCAUGCAACUAAAGCAACAGGUUACUUCUGUGUUGACUAUCCCAUCCAAAGAAUACUAGAAUUACAGAAAGGGAUGACAUAGAGUUAAGAGCUGUGUGUUUGUCAAUGUUCUGAUAAGACUUGGUAGGCAUUCAACUUUUUACUACAUGGUGAUUACAGAAGCAACAUCUUCAGCAGGUAGAAAAUUCUAUAAGUUCUUGGAGCGACUGGUCAUUGCUGGUCCAGUAGUGAGCCGGGGAAUUUGUUGAGUAACUAUCGUAAUAUCUAUAGUUUUCAGCAGCUGAGAUCCUUUGUUCGGCCUUUAGAAGUCUCCCAAACCUCAGCAGUUAGAAAUUCUCCAGAGCAUAUAAUGUGUUUCACCUUUGGAAAGAUGUGAAUCCUCCAGAUGGUACCAACAACAGUUGUAGCCUUCAGUAUUUUCGGACAAGCCAAAAAAUCGCGCGACUAAUAAUCUUGAUUUUCGCCCCAUUUAAAGAUCAACUAUGGAGCUAUAAAUUGAAGAGGUUACGCAUUUCAGGAAACUUGAGGAAGUGGCAAAAAAACUAUGGCUAUAUAAAUUCAUUUAUGAAAACCAUAAAAAAAGGAUGAUAUAACCUCAGUUUUUUUUCUUAUUUUUCUCCCAAAUGUCAACUUUGCAAAAAUACAACAAAACAGGGGGAGGAAAUUGACUAGUUUAUCAAACAAGUUCCAAUGGAGAAGAAAAUAAAAAAAACUGAAGUUUAUUAUGGUAAAAUGACCUCUCCUUAUUUCGGCAUAAAAAAAAGUCAAAUAAAACUGAUUUCCAAUUAGUUCUCUAAUCGGGGUUUCCGCUGAUAGGUUCAUGGAGGAUGUUCAUGUUGUUGUCUGCUGUAUUGGCUUAAACGUGCGCGCAGGGUUAUUUGCAGGUACAUAAUUCAAAUACCAUGCUGACAUUGCAUACUCUACCUUAGUUAUUCAUGAAUUAACGCUUAUACAAUCUCCAGAUUUAUGCAUCCACCAUGUACCAUUUCAACCUUGUUGGUUCUAAUCAUUGGAACCUCUGAUGAAUUGAUGGGUAGCAACUCAAACAUAGAUACAGAGGUAAGAAUGGAUAACUGGUGAUUUAGGUUUUGUAACAUGCAGAAAGUAAUUUCUCUUCCAUCAAAUUUCUUACUCAAGAUUCUCUUCCCGUAAGAACAGCAUUGUAUUUUUGACUUUUAGGUUUUAAGAAUCGAAUGAGCAAAAUGGAUAAGGCAUCCAAUUGAGACACGAAGGUAGUUUUGGGAACUUAAACCUCACUUCUCUUUAAUGAAACUUCUUGUUCCGUCAAAUGAAGAGAAAAAAAAAACCAUUAUUGUACCCAUUCAAGAAAAUGGACUAUUUUAGAUUAGUCUAAUGGAGAACAUGCAAUGUUUACGGAUUUCCAACAUAGUUGGAUGCAGUUUUUUUUUUUUUUUUUUU